AUGGUUUCUGCUUCUCCAUUCCUUGGCUCUUCAUUGGGCAAAGAACUCAAGCUUCAGAGUGUCAGUCCGUUUGCUGCUGCUGCUGCUGCUGCUGCUGCUGCUGCUGCUGCGGGAGGUGCAGCGUCGUCUCCCAUCACCGCUUCCGCAGCAGCCGCACUGUCUUCUUGCCAGUCUCGCGUCGAGGCUUUGGAAGCAGCAGCAGCAGCAACAGAAGCAGAAGCAGCAGCAGCAGCAGCAGCGGGAGCGCCUUGUGGCUCCCGGGGUGUACGUACACCUCAGCAGCAGCAGCAGGAAGCCGCUGCAGUCCUUCAGAGCCUCACAAAUAUAUUUUUGGAAAUGGCAUUUUUAAAAUUAAUUCCUUUUUCUUUUCUUUUGGAUUUCCAAGACCUUUUGCUGCGGCUUACAAACCUUUUCAGCAAAUGGGCUAGCUCCAGCAGCAAGCAGCAGGGGAGCCCCCCAGAGGGGCCCCCCAAAAGGGUACUUGCCGCUGCAGCUGAAGGGGGCCCCCCGGAGCAGCAGCUGCUUGGCAGCAGCAGCGAGCUGUUGCUGCUGCGGCGGGCCUGGCAUGUGGCUAGUGCCUGUCUCGAGGCGCUGCAGCAGCUGCAGCGACUCCAGCAGCAGCAGCACAAGCUGCUGCAGUUGCUGCUGCAGCAAAAGGCAGGGGACUCUACGAUGGCCCUUAUGCUGGCUGAGGAUUUGCUGCAGCUACAGCAGCAGCGCGCCAAAUGCGUCGCUGCUGCUGCUGCUCGUAUUGAGUCUGCCCUUGGAAAAGCAGCUGGCACCAACGAGCAGCAGCAGCAGCAGCAGCAGCAGCAGCAGGCGACCUGGGAUUAUACUCGUAUUCAGGAAGUUCAUGGUGUAACUGCCACUGAAGCAGCAGCAGCAGUUGCUGCGCUGCUGCAGCAGGGCGUCGCAGCAACUGAAGCGCUUCAUGUGGCUAGCUCUCUGCUGCAGCAGCAGCAGCAGCAGCAGCAGCAGCAAACUUUACUUCCCUCAGGGCCCCCCAAUGCAUCUCUUCCUGUGGGGCCCCCUGAAGCUGGAAGUGCAGCAGGGGGCCCCCCGUGCAGCAGCGCGCAAGGCACUGCAGCACGCGGCGCUGCAGCAGCAGCAGCAGCAGCAGGAAGCUGCAGCUUGGGCGCAUCAACACAUUUGCUGCUGGCCCGAGCCUUUGCUGAGGAAGGCAGCAGCAAGAAGUCACUUCAGCAGCUUCUUGCUGCUCUCAGGGGACCCCCAGAGGGGCCCCCAACAGCCCGGGGGGCCCCCCCGUUGGGGGCCCCCAGCAGCAGGGGGCCCCAAAAGGGUCUGGGGGCCCUGGGAGAAAGCAUGCAGCGAGAAGUUGCUGCUGCUGCAGUUGCGGUGGCCGUUGCAGCUAUGAAGGAUGGGCAGCUGGAGACAGCCUGCGAGGCUCUGCUGCUGCUGCUGCUGCUGCUGCCGCCCCCCUCAGCUCUCCAGUUUGCCCACGUGCUGCUGCCGGUGGCCCUGGAGCUCUCAAGACGCAUUUUGAUUUUAAAGGGACCCCAAGGGGCCCCCCAGGGGCCCCCCGAGGCCCUUGGGGGGCCCCCAGGGGCCCCUGGGGGUACCCCACAGGAUAUCUUCUCUCGGCAUUUUGCUGCAGUGGCAAAGAUUGCCAGAGAGGUGCUGCUGCAGGGAAAUGGCUAUGAAGCAGCAGCAGCAGAAGCCUUGGGCCAGAGCCAGCUAGCUGUGGCUAGCUGCGGGCCUGCUGCAGCUAGCUGCGGCGUUGCUGCUGCUGCUGCUGAGCUGCUGGAUGGGGUGUACGUACACGUCAAGCGGCUGCUGUCCGCUCAGUUGCUGCUGCUGUCACCGCAGCAGCAGCAGCUUCUUGUUGCUGCUGUUGAGGCCUUGUUUGCCUCCGGAGAACUGCAGCAGCAGCAGGGUCAGGAGCUGCUGACUCUUGCUGCAGCAGCAGCAGCAGCAGCUACGGCAGACACGCAGAAAGACGUAGCAGCAGCACGGGAAAAUACACAGGGAAAAAAAAGAGAUGCAGCAGCAGCAGCAGCAGAAGGCACAAGAGGGACACAAAAGCAGCUAAUCAGCAGCUUAAUUGCUGCUGCAUUCAAGGGUCUUGCUGCUGCAGCUCAGGCGCGCUUGAGGGAAGCAGCAGCAACAGCAACAAAGCCUCAGCCAGCAGCAACAGCAGCAAAUGCUGCUGCAGCACCUGCAGGCCUGCUGAGCUCAGCGACGGCAGCCAGCGGGUCCGCGCUUAAGCCCUCAGCAGCAGCAGCAGCAGCAGCAGCAACAGAGGCAACGGCGAAGUCGCAAGCAGCAGCAGCAGCAGCAGCAGCAGGAACAGCUGCAGCAAGACUGACAGAACUUGUGGGAUGGCUGCAGAGCUUAGCUCGAGAAGCAGCAGCAGAAGUAGGCGUGAGAUCCGCAGCUGCUGCAGAGCAGGUGCUGCAUGCAGCUUCUGGCUUGAGCGCCAUUUCUCAAGAAGAAGCAGCAGCAGCAGCAUCUGCUGCAGCAGCAGCUGCAGUAGCGCAGCAGCAGCGGCAGCAGCAACAGCGGCAGAGGUGGGCAAGCUGUCUUAGUGGACCGGAGGUGGUCCAGGAGCAGCAGCAGCUUCUGGCUUUGCUGCGGCGGCAGCAGCAAAAGGGAGACGCAGCAGCAGCGUUGCUGCUGCUGCGGCAUCACGUAGCUCUUGCUGCAGCAGCAGAGGCUGCAUUUAGUCCCCAAAACAUCCGAGACAGCAGCAGCAGCAGCAAAGGAAACGGCAGCAGCAGCAGCAGCAAAGAAGAAAGCAGCAGCAGCAGCAAUAGUAGCAGCAGCAGCAGCAGAUACACAGAAACAGAUGCUGCUGCUGGACUUCUCACCGCCAUGUUUGCUGCCCGGCCGAACGCGGACUGCUGCUACUAUGCUGCAGCAGCAGCUGCAGCAGCAGCAGCUCCUUCCAUGGCCCUCGACGUUGCUCUGUGUAUCUCCCUUGCUGCCCCUGGCCGAGCCCACGCGCCUCUGCUGCUGCUGCUGCUGCUGCUGCUGCAGGCAGCACUGGCGGCGGAGUCUGUAUGGAUUGCUGCGCUGCUGCUGGAGGAGUUUGCUGCUGACCUUUCGGUGCCGCGGCUGCUGCAGCGGUACGAAGACGCGUUUGGGCGCGAGGGGGGUUUGCUGCUGCAGCGGGAGCCGCAGGGGGAUGUGCAGCAAAAGGUGCUGCUGCUGCUGCAGCUGCUGCUGCAGCAAGGCUUCGAAGUUGUCUUCAUUCUGCAGCACCGCAUGCAUCUUUUGUCUCCGCCUCUUUCUGAAGAAAUGAUUUGGAGGACUUAUGAGCUGGACCGCCACUACUGGCGGCUGCGUGCUGCGAGAGUUAAGCUGCUGCAGCUGGGGGUCACGCUGCAGCAGCAGCAGCAGCAGCAGCAGCAGCAGCGGCGGCGGCGGGAGGGCGGCGACGCCGCCGCCAUGCAGCCUGCUGCUGCUGCUGCUGCAGCGGAGACUCCGGAAGCAAUUAAGGCUAAGCUGCUGCAGUUAGUUGCUGCAGCACACACUGAACAAGAUCUUGAGGAUGUCCGGCUCUUUGUGGUGACCCACUACCACCCCCAGCUUGCUGCUGCUGCUGCUGCUGCUGCUGCUGCUGCCAAGGGCACCAGCAGCCAGCUCUCCGAGCGAGCGGACAAGGAAGAGACCCUCGAGGAAGCAGAUGACCCAUUGCUGCAGCAAGAAGCUGGAGAUGAUGAGCUGCACGAGCAGCAGCAGCAGCAGCUGCAGCAGGGAGAGGACGAGGGCUUCUUCCAGGAGCAGCAGCAGCAGCAGCAGGACCUGGAUGCGCUGCAGCAGCAGCAGCUCACCCAAGACAGCGCGCUGCAGCAAUCGCAGCCAGACGGCAACGAAAGCCUCCCGUGGACCGCAACACAAGAAGCAGCAGCAGCAGCAGCAGGGGUAGCAGCAGCAGCAGCAACGGAGGAGGGAGACAGCUUAAUGCCCUCAUUCCCCACGCAGCCAUCGGCAGAUGCUGCUGCUGCUCCGAGUCAGGAGUGGCAGCAGCAGGGGCAGGAGCAGCAGGAGCAGCAGCAGCAAGAGCUUCUUGAGCAGCAGCUGGAUGUUGAUCCGCAGCACGUGCUGCGCGACCUGCAGCAGCUGUAUCUGCAGCAGGGAGACGAGCAGCAGCAGCAGCAGCAGCAGCAGCAGCUUGAUGUUGAGGAGCCCGUGGGAGGCUCUCAGCUGUUUCAUGACGAGGAGAUGCUGCAGCAGGAGCCUCAUGACGAAGCAGCAGACGCAGCAGCAGCAGCAGCACUGCAGCAGCAAGACGCAGCAGCAACACCGGCAGCUCUUGGUGCUGCCCUCGAGUCUGCUGCAGCGGCAGCAGCAGCAGCAGCAGCUGGUGCUGCUGAAGCCCAGCACAAAGCAGCAACGUCUGUGGAUGGUCACCCAGUAGCAGCAGACUCGGUCGACGCAGCAGGGCGGCCAGCAGCAGCAGCAGAUUCAGCAGCAGCAGCAGAGCCAACAGCGGCAGCAGAGCAAGCAGCAGCAGCAGCAGCUGCUGCAGCGCCUGCACCCACACAAACGGCAGCACCAGCACCUGCAAGGCCGCAUGCGGCGAAGUGGGAUCAGCCGCCGCAGCAGCUGCUGCAGCAGCAGCAGCAACAGCAGCAGCUGUUGCUGCAGCAAGGGAGGCAGGACGGGGUGCAGCCUAGUAAAUCAGCUCACAGUGACAGCAACAGUAGCAGCAGCAGCAGCAGCAGCAGCGCGGCCAGAGGGGCCCCGAAGACCACUUCUCGCUGGGGCCAGGGGGCCCCCAAGCCAGCAGAAUCUGCAGCAGAUAUAGCAGCAGCAGCAGCAGCAGACUUCUUUGGCUUUUCGAGCUCCCAGGAGCCAGCAGCGGGCGCCACGCAGCCAGCAGCAGCAACAGCAGCAACAGCAGCAGCAGACUCAGUCGGCUUCUCUGGUUCUUCAAGGGCAGCAGCAGCUGCGUCGCAAGCAGGAGCAGCAGCUGCAGCAACUGAAUCUGCUGCUGCGGUGGCAGCAGCUGCAGCAGCAGACUUCUUUGGCUUCUCCCAGAGCAGCGCAACAGAUCGCAGCAGAGAUGAAGACCGAAUGGAGAUAGACGGGCAGCCAACCAGCAGCAGCAGCAGCAGCAGCAGCAGUAGCAGCAGCAGCAGCAGCAGCAGCAGCAGCUGGAGCGGAGGGCUGGCGGUGCUCAGAGACAGCUACGGCUAUCGGUGGGAGCUGACGAAGGAGCAGCAAGCUGCAGCAGCAAAAGAAGAAGAAGAGCUGAAGCAGCUGCUUGCUGCUGCUCAAGAGGAAGAGUGGGCAGAAGCCGAAGCAGCAGCAGCAGCAGCAGCAGCAGCACACAGGCCCAUCACCUACAAAGAUAUAUCGCCUUCUGACGCCAUCGAGCUGGCGCACCGGUACGGGCUGUCGGGGGCGUGGGACGGCUUGCUGCUGGACAGCAGCAGCUUCGCAGCAAAUUUGACAUUUUUGUGUUUUGAAGACAAAAACCCUUUAGAGCCAAGUGCAGCACUUCCUUUGCCGCAGCAGCCGCUGCUGCCAGCUCCGCAGAUUCCGCCGGCGCCGGAAGCAGCAGCAGCAGCAGCAGCAGCAGCAGCGGCGGCGGCGGCGGCUGCGGGCGCGGGCGGCGGGCCGGCCGCAGCAGCAGCAGCAGCAGCAGCAGCAGCAGACGCGCAGCUGGAAGCUGCUGCUGCGCAGUGGGCUGCCCAGUGGACCAGGGGCCCCUUCGUGACGGGGGCCCAAGUGCUGUCGCUGCUGGUGCAGCGCAGCGCGAGAGAGCUGGCAGCAAACUUGCUGCUGCGGCAGCUGCUGCGGCAGAAGCUGCUGCAGCUGCUGCGCGUCUCUGUUGUCACCACUCCCAAGGGCGAGAGGGAGGCAGACCCUGCGAAGCCUUGCUGGCUGGCCCGCAGGCUCUGGCGCCUGCCGCUCGCCCGCUUCCGCGAAGAGGCCAGUCCCAAACCCUAA